CUUCACCAAUACAAAUAUUGACUGCUUGUUCCCAUUUAUACCCGAUACUGUGUUUUCCGCGGUAUUGGUCAAUUAUUAAUUACAAACUAGGAACAUGAGAUGAAAUAGGGCAAAUGCAGAAAGACUGAAGUAUACAUAUUUGGAAUAGAAGAGAAGGUCAACGGAUGCUGUUUAAUCCAAGAUGGCGUUUACAUCGUUGAAAUGUUUUCCAGGUAGAAUAACAGUAACUAUCAGUCCAAGAACAAGGAAGUUAUUUUUGACGUUAGUGUUGACAACAGUGUUCUUUAUUGUUUUAAAUGAAACGAUAAUGAUAUCGGAAAUGAACUAUUCAUCUGCUGUAUAUACUGUUUCCAGUGCCACUAAGCCAAGCCGUAGUUAUAAAACCAUUUUAAAAGGUGCACCGGUAUCUCGUAAAAAUCCAAAAAUAUUGCUUUACACAAACUUUUUCGGGGAGAUGAAAUGGUAUGAAGAAAGCAAAGAUGUUUACACAACAACAUGCCCAGCUGGUUGUACGUUGACAAAUGAUAAAUCUCAAAUUGAAACUGCAGACGCUUUAGUGUUUCAUUUGAGCGAUAUUGCAUGGCAAGCCACGCUUAGCUCCGGACUGCAGUUUCCGUUUCCAAAAUAUCGUCGUCCUGAUCAAGCUUGGAUUUUUUAUAAUCUCGAACCCUUAACUAUGGUCUGGGGCGACAUGAAAUCAUGGCAAGGGCUUUUUAACUGGACUUGGUCAUAUACAAGAAGCUCGGAUGUCUAUUCGCCUUAUGGCACUUGUAGGAAACUCACUGCAGACGAAGUUAAAGAAAACGAAGAAAACAAAGUGUUUUUAAAUUAUGAUUACUUCAGUGAAAAAACAGAAGAGGGUGGUAUAGCUAUGAUAAGCCAUUGUACAGAUGAAGCCAGACGAUACAGAAUUAUUGAAAAGCUUAGAGAGUAUAUACCUGUUCGGGUCAUUGGUAGGUGCGGGGAAGGGUGUCCUGACGGGUACUUGUCGUGCAAUAAACAAUUACAUAAAAAUAAAUUUUAUCUAGCUUUUGAAAACAGCGAUUGUUACGAUUAUGUGUCUGAAAAAUACUGGCGUUCUCUAAUAAGGAAGCAAAUUCCAAUAGUGGCUUGGAGGCUAAAUAUGGACGAUAUUGUAAUUCCCGGAAGUUACAUCAACGUAUGGGAUUUCCCUGAUCUGGAUGCUGCUGGACGCUAUAUACAGGAAGUCAACAGAAAUAAAACGCUUUAUAAUAGCUAUUUCCAGUGGCAAUUUACAUAUAAGGUAUUAGGCACGUCUGGAUUUUGCGACUUGUGCCAUAAGCUACAGGACCAAACAGUUCCAAGAAUGGUUUAUCAUGAUAUGAACGGUUGGAUCAUGAACAACACAUGUAGACCUGUUUCACUGCAAAGGUAUAUACAUCGGUGGUUUGACAGAUUCACCUACGAUUUCCGCAUCCAUUGAUCUGAACAACCAGGAACCACAUUCCAUAAUUAUUCAGGGCAUGAGGUGAUCUACGAUAAUGGUGUAUUCUAGCUGUGAUGAUAUAUUAGACAAAAACAGACAGGCCAGUGUACUGUUGAUGUUAGAGCUGCUGUGAGAAGGCGCUUUGUGUUUGCUGUCCAAAAUGGGCAUUGUAGCAGAGAAAUGAAAAUACUCUAUAAAAAUGAAUCAAUAAGUUUUGCUUUGAUUCACUUCUUUUCAGGAGAAAUGCAUUUCCGUGGAUAAAUGUCUCACUAAAAUCCUCUAAGGACUAAUUAAAGAUUUAGUGUUCAGGCGCAACUCAGAGUCCCUGCAUUCUGCUCCAAGAAAUAAAACCCUAACUAAGAACUAAUAUAGUAUUUCUGGUUGGACUUUAACACGGGACCUCGUGUGGGUGCAAAUUAAUUUUGUUAAUACGUAUUUAAACGACAUUUCUUAAAGUUGUUAUGCCAUAAUUUGCAUUAUGCAAUGCAAGAUCAUUUAUGACAAAAUAAAAUAUGUGCUGUUGUUGAAUGUUUUAAUUCUGUUCACUGGAGUGAAAUGUAUACGCUUAAAACUGCAGCCAUGUUGAAUCGAGAUGAACAUCUUCCGGUAUAUUUGGACACUGUGACUAAGGUAGAAAAAAUGUCAUUCUUUCACAUACUGAUAUUCGGAAAGCCUCUUUUGCCAAAUCUGCUUAAGAAAUUACCAAUUUUUAACCUGUUAUUCUUACACAAUAGUCUAUAUUUGACUAUAUAAACAACGGUCACAAUGACUUUAAAUCGCAAGCAUUAUACCCGUAUCAUGAUUUUGAACUAUUAACUUUGAAAGUCUAAUCUUGUGCAUUAUAAUUUCUCCCUCAUGGCAGUUUUGUUUUCUUUGUCCAUAUUAAUAAGGUAAUGUAAUUUGUCGUUGAAAGGAAUGCAUCUCGGCAUGUUUUUUUUUUUUUUUUUAUAUUUUCACUGGCAUCACACCUGUAUUCAUAAAUAGGUGAGCGGGAAUGGUUAGAACGUUACAUUGUUAUUAUUUAAUUAAUUUUCUCAAUGUAAUUGAACAAAGAACAUGAUUUUAUUUCAUUAAUUUAUACAUAUAAAGUAUCUCGUUACAUAUAUAAAUUUUAUAAUAAUUUCACGGUCACAUGUUAAGUUCGAUCCCCGGCCGCGUCAUACCAAAGACGUAAAAAAAUGGUACUAGCAGCUUCCUCGCUUGGCGCUCAGCCUUAAGGGGAUAGUGCUAAGACUGGUCAUCCCGGUGUCAGUAUAAUGUGACUGGGUGGGGUAUCAUGCCACGUGUCUACGGCGUGAUAUUCCAGUGAGGCAGCACUAUAAAGUUGGGCAUUGUGCUCACUGCUACAAGUAGACACCGUCGUUUAUAUGACUGAAAAAUUGUUGAGAAAGACGUUAAACCCGAACACACACACACACGCGCGCACACUCACACACAAACACAC